AACACCAACAUUUGUCGCCUGCCUACCAUAAAGAGAAAUCGACAACAAGAUGUCCGCCAAGGGCGAGGCCAGCAUUGCCGGGCAGCUGCUCGCCGUCGCCCUCGUGGUGGUGGCGGCCGCAUCAUCAUCCGCACCGGUGGCCGGGGGGGACGCGAAGGCCGCUCCAGCUUGCCUCAACGAGUACUCCAAGCUCUGCGGCAAAGACGAUAAGAAGGACGCCGCGUGCGCCACCAUGGUCGACAAGGCUUGCGGCACGGAGGCGAGCAGCGUGGCCUUCAUCGAGCGCUUGUUCGCCGAGCUCGCCACCGUGGGCCAAAAGAAGCGUGAAUCCAACACCCAGGCCACAUCCGGGGGGCAGGACGCCUUGAACGGGUCCGUCGACAAGCACGGCGGCUGCCCCGGCAACAAGACGGUGUACACAUUCUCCUCCCAGUGCGCCGUGGACUGCGACACGGCGUGCACGGAUCCCACCUGCUCCGACCGCUGCUACAUCGACUGCCCCUACAUAGCCGCCAGGUUCGGCUACAUCAUGGCCACCCCGGCCAAUAAGAAGGCCAUAGGGGAAGACAUGGAUUGCUUCAAGCGUUGUGCAAAGGAGAAGGAUGCCACGAAUGACAAGUGCCUCGUUGCGUGCAAGCUGCUUCCUUCUAGCCUGGCCCCCACCCCAGCCAAAGCCUCUUGAAAAUGCAUUUUGUUCUUUCUUUGGGCCAAUCGAAAAUGCAUUUUUUUUAUCCUGUUAGAAGGGAUAGAGGGAAAGGAUUUGCUGUAAUGCGUUGGAUGAUGUAGUGAGCCUCACAUGCGACUAUAUAUAGAAGUACAGCAAGAAACCUUUCCUAGAGAUAAGGUAAGAGCCAUAUUACAAAUUCUAAACUAUCAAAUACAUGUAAC